AUGGGAAAUUACCUCUCUUGUACGCUAUCGGGGCCGGCGGGGAAGCAAGCCAGAUCGGCGAGGGUGGUCUUGCCGACGGGAGAAAUCCGGCAGUUCCAGCAGCCGGUGAAGGCGGCGGAGCUCAUGCUGGAGACGCCUAAUUUCUUCUUGGUGAAUUCCCAGUCGCUGCAAAUGGGUCGGCGGUUUUCGGCUCUCAACGCCGACGAGGACCUCGAGAUGGCCAACGCUUACGUCAUGUUCCCGAUGAAGAGGCUCAAUUCCGUGGUCACUGCCGCCGAUAUGGGCGCCUUAUUCUUGGCCGCCAACGCCAAGAGGGUGGCCGGCGGCGGGUACGUUAGGGUCUUGCCGGAGCCGCGGCCGCCGCAGGCCGUGCCGAAGCUGACUCUGGAUGAUGUUGAGGAGUACUCGACGCCAGAGUUCACGCACCGGUUGUCGAUGUGCAGGUCGAAGAAGCCGUUGCUGGAAACCAUAGCAGAAGAGCCGGUUUGUUCAGCAUGA